CCACUCGUCCUCUAGUCCCCCUCUCUCCUACGCACCCACAGCCGCCGCCCUCUCCCUCCCUCAGAUCUCGAUCCGCCGCCGCCCCAAAACCCACCCCCCCUGUCGACGACCCUCACCGUAUACGUGGUGCUGUGGGGCCGAGGCUGGGCCGACCUGAGCGCCCUACUCCUAGCGACCGCCGUCGCCUCCUAGAUCCUAUUCCACGACGCCUCCGGUUACACGGCCGUGUCGCUGGCCGCCGACAUGCUCUUCCUCCUCCUGGUCGUGCUGUACGCGUUGUCCAGGGCCGCGCGCCUCCUCGGCCACCCUACCGCCCAUCCCCGACCUGCAGCCGGUGGCCGACGAGCUCGACGCCCUCAUCCGCUCCGUCCUAGCCGGCAUCUCCUCCGCCUUCCGCCGCGUCGCGCAGGGCCAGCUCGGCUCCGGGUGCGUCUUCGCCUGACUCAGCUGCUCAAGGAACCAUGAGCCUUCCUCUCCGGCCCCUUCCGCGCCAUCAUGGACGCCGCCGAGCUCCUCCUCCACAAGAUUCGCUACCAGGGCGACCAUGCCGACAACACCGUGGUGCUGGUGGUGCCCUACGCCUGCUGCGGCACACUCAUCGGCAAAGGAGGCACGCUCAUCAAGUCGUUAGCUGAAGCGACAAAUGCUGGAAUCACGGUCUCGCACCACCGAGUCUGCUACAGUUUCAAUGACAGACUGGUUAAGAUCACUGCUUUGAUUCCUUGCGGCGUCGCGCCUCCCGCCUUUGGUGUUGUUCUGGGUCUGCCCGUGCCAGAUUCGUGGCCUCGCAUGUUUAAUGGGGUGCCUUACUGUAGUCUAGAUAAUCAGCACAUGAAUGGACUGUUAAUUAAUCCGUUAAUGUACACAAGGAGUUCGUUUAAUCUAGAAAUUGUACAAAUCUGCAUCAUGCAAACUUACUUCAGGUUGUUACAUAAGGAAGGAGCUCGGGGUUCAGUUCCAAGCAAUAGGGGUUGGGUUGAUUCCUCUAGAAAUAGUCAGAUGAAUCAUUGCUGUAAUUUGUAAAGUUGUCAAGGAAAGUAGUUUAGCCAAAAUAUUUAUUGUGGGCAUUCUGUUAGCUAGUGUGCAUUGCCAAGUACAACUAUUCUACUUUGUAUGGAAUCAUCUCACUAUUCUGAACAUUUGAAACUUGCUAUGUGCAGGGUGACUAGUGAUGGGGCACGCCAAGCAGCAUCAGGGGAAGGGGGUCUCCUGCUCGAGGAGGCGAAGGAGUAGGGGCGCACCCAGCCGGCAGCCCUGUCCUGCUUGAGGGGGAGGGGCAAGAGGUGUCUGCUCCUCUGCUUCCAUUGCGACCGCGGCAGGAGCAACGUUGCUGAUGGUGACGGGUACGUGAUGGUGGCUAGUGUGGUGGACGACCCGACCAAACCAAUGAUUCAAGGCUUCUCCUGCUGCUGCUGCAUGUCUUCAUCAACUUAGUUCUUCUACAGGGAGAGAUAAAUUCUUCACUUGUUCACUGUGUAAUCUGCAGAUUACUUCCAUUAAUCACCUAGUGCUCCUGUUAGUGAGAUUCAUCUAGUAUUUCUUUUUGCAAAGAAUGCAAUGGUCUGGAGUACUUGAUCAUGGCCUGAUGGAACAUGUCGUUACAGCAGCUAGAAGCAAUCCAAUUUUGUUAAAUGCAUUCUGGUUAGGAUUUGGUCAUGGCAGCACCUUGCUAUUUUCUUUUCUUUAAAUCUGGUUGCAAGUUUACUAUUUUUCCAGAACCAUCAUCUUACAUUUUGGGCAUCGGGCAUUGAAAUUUAGGCAUUUAUGUAUAAUUUUUGUUCUGGAUGUGUCCUAUGCAAACAUUACUAUUAAUUGUCAAGUUGAUUCUAAAAUAUCUCAUUAACUAAAUUUUAGAUGGUGAUUUCUAGAUUUAGUACCAAUUUAUUGUUGGCCUGGCCUAUGCUCAGUACCUUGCUCUAUACCAAUUUAUUGCAUUAUUCUGUUAUUUACGGUUAAAUAUGCUAUCAUUAACUUUGAGAAAAUGUUAUGUUUUUGCUGAUUAGUGGCAGUACAUCUUUGCUUUACUAUUCCUAGCAGCUGCAGUUCAUCUACCAUAAACAUGUUGUGUACAUUCUGAACCCCCAAACAUGACACAAGUGAUAUGUAUAUGCAACAGGGAAUCGUCAACUUGUACAGUUUGUUUACUGGAAUGUAACUUGUACAAUUUUUACUUGAAUAUGUUCAGUUAUGAAGUCGUGUAGUUUUUUUUUUCUCAUCAGUUCUAAACUGCAGUACUUUACUGAAUUGUCGAUGAUGUUGAAUGAAUCUAGCUUGUUGGGUUCAGUCUCUUGUUUAGAUGGAAUAGCACCCCAUCACCUGUUGUUGUUGUUAUUCACCCUAUCCUUCCUGUUCUGUUUUCUUGUUGGCAGAUAUUUUGAGUAAAUUCAAGACGGAAGAUGUUCAAAGAAGCUCCAAGACAUUCUCUUAUAUAGCAAGUUAUGUAAUAAUAGUGGGUUAUCUGGGAAUUUAAUGUAUCUUCUCUCUGUUUGUGAAUGAAAUAGUAAUUAUGUAUGUGAAUUAAUGUAUCUUC